AAUAUAUAAUAAGUAAAUUCAUACAUAAUCAGAGAUACUGUACUCGGCUAAAAAAGAUUGAAGUUAGCGUAAUGGAAAGAGAAGAAGGAGAAGAUGAUAUUGUUUGCUUGGAGUCUUUCUUCAUCAACGACAACUACAAACUGACGAGGUUUACAUUCGGGUCGGAAGUUCUUGAACUGUAUUGCCUUCAGUCCGCUUCAACUGAUUUUGAUUUGACAGGACAGUUGGUUUGGCCCGGAGCAGAGCUUAUGAAUAUGUAUCUCUCGAAAAAUUCGGACAUGCUGAGAGGUUGUUCUGUUAUCGAGCUUGGCUCUGGUGUUGGCAUUACUGGAAUAUUCUGUAGUCGAUUUUGCAGUAAGGUAGUACUGACAGACCAUAACGAUGAGGUUCUUAAGGCAAGGUUAAUCGAUAAUACACUUAAUGCUUUUAUCUAG